UCUAUAUCUGAAGGAGAUUUGUAGAAAUUGUAGGUUGAUGCAAUGUGAAGCAUCAGAGAGCAAAGUGAAGGAUCUGAAUGAAAAUUCGAACCCGAUAGGAGAGAGAAGAGUGAGGAAGUGAAAGAGAGAGAGAACGGAGAGAAACUGAACUGAAUCCGAAACCUGUAUUUCCAAUCUGAAUAGUUUGUAUAAGUUAGGCUAAGAUCUAUGUGAUCUGAACUGAAACUGAACUGAAUCUAAAAAAAAAUCUGUUGGAGGCAGUUAUAACUGAUAUAACAGCUAUUACAGCUGUUACAGGGUUGUUAGAAUCUGUUUGCGAACAGACUUACCUGAUCCCUGAAUAAGCAUGGACUACCCUAGUUCUAGUAGCUGAUCUAACUCAGUGAACUGUAUUUAACACGAUGAACAAGGCUGAAACGAGAAACAGAGAUGGAUCGAGUGGCAAGGACUAAACAUUAAAAAAUGAAAACUCGAGGUUCAAAAACAAAUAUUAACAUUUUACCCGAAAAAUAAAGGAAAAAUAAAAUAAAAUAACUGAUAUUUCUUGGCUGGAGAACGUUAUAAAGCCUCCAGGGGUUAACUCUGUGCUUGUAAGUGUGUACUGUGGGUUAUUCAGUGGAGAAGUGAUGGCAGCGAUCGCGAGAACGCACCUGUUCAGUGUUGCGAGUUUUCAGCUCAAAGAAGCGGAAAUGCCUUUUGCAGGUUCCCGCGCAAUCCACAAGCUUCUCGGUGAUUGUCCUCAUCGCAAUAUUGCUUUUAGAUGCAAAGGAAAUGCUAUGAUUCUUCCCAAAAUCAGAGCCCAGAAUACUCCUGACUAUGUUCCAGAUUCCAACUUUUACAAAGUGGAAGCGAUUCUCAGGCCCUGGCGAAUCCCUCAGGUUUCUUCGGCUUUGUUGAAAAUGGGAAUUCGUGGUGUCACUGUAUCUGAUGUCAGGGGCUUUGGUUCUCAGGGUGGUUCAAAAGAGAGGCAGGGAGGGUCUGAAUUUUCUGAAGACAAUUUUGUCGCCAAAGUUAAGAUGGAAAUAGUGGUGGCAAAGGACCAGGUUGAAGCAGUGAUAGACAAAAUUAUUGAGGAGGCAAGGACUGGGGAGAUUGGUGAUGGCAAAAUUUUCUUGAUCCCUGUUUCUGAUGUUAUAAGAGUUCGCACAGGUGAGCGUGGGGAACAGGCAGAGAGGAUGACUGGGGGGCGAACUGACAUUUUAUCUGCUGUAUGAUUGGUUGGAACAAAAAGAUCAGCAUUUGUCAUCCUCUUAUUACCAUCUUUUACGUCCCCAUUCUCCUCUUCCGUUGUGAAUCGAUCACAGUGAUAUAUGCUUUAUGUGUUUUGCACUUUGCUGUCAGAAAUGUAUGACAGCAGUAUUGAUAGGAUAGUGUUGUGUAGCUGUUGUGAAUGAUGAAAAAAUAGGACCAAAUCGAACCUACCAGUUCAACUUGAAAACUGGUCAAGUCUGGUUCAUUCAACUCAGAAAAUCGAAUGAACGAAGAACUGAUGGAAAAUCAGUCUAAUCAUAACUCUGUGAGAA